GGUUGUAGCUCUCAGACUCAGAGAGCGCUCGAUGCUGCAAGUUGGGCAGCAAACCGUUACACUGCACCUACUUCUGAGUUUGGUGUCAUCAAAGAUGGCGAUUUGCUGAGUGCUCAUGGACACAUCUCAUGGUCAUGGAUAAAUAUGAUCUUGCUUGAACUUGUGGUUAUAUUUGGGGUUUAAUGUCAUUUCUGUUUUACUUUUGAAUAUUUUAAAACACAGCUGCAAUUGAAGCGCAAGGGGGAAACAGCGUUAGCUACCGCAACAAUGCAAAUCACGUUAAAAACACUGCAACAGCAGACCAUUCAAAUUGACAUAGACCCAGAUCAAACGGUGAAGGCAUUGAAGGAGAAGAUAGAAGCAGAGAGGGGAAAAGAUAACUUCCCAGUGUCUGGACAGAAGCUCAUAUAUGCUGGCAAAAUCCUGCAAGAUGAUACACCUAUUAAAGACUACAAAAUUGACGAGAAGAAUUUUGUUGUAGUUAUGGUAUCUAAGGCAAAGUCUUCCACAGCUGCUUCAACACCUUCCUCAGAGGCACCCAAGGCUCCUGUCCAGGACUCUGGGUCCUCGUCGUCUGCGGGCCCGGCCCCUGCAGCCAUCCCUAUCCCCCCAGAGGAGCCCACACCUACAGUCGCAGAGCCCCCAGCUCCAGCCAGCUCAGACCUCAGUGUGGAGGUUCAGGGGGGAGAUGCCUCCUCUGCCUUGGUGACAGGAGCGGAGUAUGAGACCAUGCUGACAGAGAUCAUGUCUAUGGGUUAUGAGAGGGAGAGCGUGGUAGCUGCUCUCCGGGCCAGCUUCAACAACCCCCAUCGGGCCGUGGAGUACCUCCUCACUGGCAUUCCUAGCAGUCCGGUCCAAGAGACUAAUCCCCCAGCACAGCUUCCUGCAUCUGCCCGCACAGGCACAGAGACCCCUACUGUAGCUGAGGGAGAAAACCCUCUGGAGUUCCUGCGUUCCCAGCCUCAGUUCCAGAGCAUGAGGCAGGUGAUCCAGCAGAACCCCUCACUGCUGCCAGCUCUGCUCCAACAGCUGGGCCGGGAGAACCCACAGCUCCUACAGCAAAUCAGCCAGUACCAGGAGCUGUUCAUCCAGAUGCUGAAUGAGCCGGCGGGGGAGGUAGGAGACGUGCCUGAGGUGGGGGACCUGGGUGCUGCAGUGGAGGAGGGAGCUCCAGUCAACUACAUUCAGGUCACACCUCAGGAGAAAGAAGCCAUCGAGAGGUUAAAAGCGUUGGGUUUCCCCGAGGCGCUGGUGAUCCAGGCCUACUUUGCUUGUGAAAAGAACGAGAACCUAGCGGCCAACUUCCUCCUGAACCAGGGCUUUGAGGAUGAAUGAGAGGCGCUGGCCUGCCCUCCUCUCCAGCCCAGCACAAGGACUUCACCCCACUGUAGAGCAACGAUCUUCAGGUUAUUUCAGAGGGAG